AUGGCGGAGGUGAAGACGGCGACCGAGGCUAACGGCGCGGCGGCGGCCUCAGCGGGCCACAGCAACGGGCGCAGCCGCGAUGCGGAACGUGAGGAGACGCACAAGAGGCGCGCUCCCCCCGGCGCCAACGCCACGCCUGAGGAGCGCGCGCGCUACGAGCUGGAGCGCAAGAAGGUGGCCAAGUACAAGGAGGACAAGCUCAAGGCGCGUCGAGACCACACGCGCAUGAUCCUGGAGAGCCACGCGCAGGCCAAGAGACGCGCACUGCUGGGCAAGCAGUCGGAGUUUCUGGCCAACCUCGAGUUCCGCAACACGCUGCCGGACAUCCCGUUCGACACCAAGUUCGUCAAGUACCCGCACGAGCCGGAACGCAGACUCAUCAAGUACAAGCCCAACACGCUGGAGAUGGACUACACGUACGAGAUCCACGAGGAGCCCAACCUCGGACUGACGAUCGACCUCAUCGAUCCAGCCAAGUACGAAGCCCCGGCGGAACCCGAACCGUUGGAGGUUGGCGACGAACAGGUGCUGAUGAUGAAGGAGGACCACGCCAACACCAAGGGCCGGUCCAAGGUGCGCCCGACGGUCUCCUGGUUGCGUCGUACGGAGUACAUGGGCAACGAUCUGUACGACUCGGUGCACAAGUUCAAGAGCGAGGCCGAGAUCCAGAGCGCGCUUCGCGAAGGCACGGAAAACGCACUGGCCGAGGUGGUGUCAGUCACGUUGGAGGACCGUGCCGAAGCUUCUUUCCGCGACAUCAACGACCCCAAGCUGCUCGUGCACCCACACAACAAGAAGAAAAAAAUCGCCAAGGUGUGGGAUGUGUUCCCCGACCAGCAUCUGUCGGCCAACAAGUACGCCAUUCUGUCGUACGAUAUUCUGCCCUCCGAAGAUGUCAAGAACAAGGGAAUUACAAACCGCGAGGACCGUGCUCUGCUGUGCGGAGUAAACAAGAAGAUUCAAGCUGGCAACGAGCAUAUCCAAGGGUCCAUUCUAUUGCCGAAUGCGUCCACUGAAGAUGAGGAGAGCAACGACCGCGAAAAAUUCUCGUACCUUCGAGAAUAUCUUAUGUCUGUGGAGUCUCUGGAUAGCCGCGAGUCACAACACGUGGUAUUCAUGCUGGACCCGGAGUCGAACCAAUUCACGUACAGUGAUGUUCUGAACCGCAUUCAGCUUAGGAAGACGAAGAUGAGCGGCGAAGAGAAGCGUCGUCAUGGCGCCGUUGUGCACCGCCGAGAGUACUCUGAAGGCGAGUCGGAGCGCCGUACUCAGAUCUUGUUUGAAUGCGGAGGAAUAUACGACGACCAGCUUGAUGACGAUGAAAGCGUGCGUGAAUUUAAACGCCGACGGGCGGGAGACAAGCAUACGCCACCUCCUUCAGACGACGAGGAAACAAAGGCUAGUACACCUCCACCCGAGAGCUCGACGGAUAAGGUGAGCAGCCCCACCGCUGGAAAAAAUGACGGCAGUGAUAGCCCGGUCCCGCACAACGACGGCAGUGCCAGCCCAGUGAUCAGUGACAGCGACAGCGACUAGCUUCCAGGCGGCUAUCCGCCAGACAGAUAGGAAGGUGUACCAUCUUGCUCCGUUGGCUCGAUGCACUUGUACGAGCUGAUAACACAGACAACUUUUCAAAAU